AUGCCCCCCCUCCUCCUCCCCUUCGGCUGGGCAGCCUCCUCUUACCUCUACUUUGCACAAUCCAAGCGAUUCUCAAUCCUCAACGAGAUCCUCGACGGCGAGGACCCCAGAGCAAGCGAGGAGGUGGCGAGGGGCGUGCAUGGAAAGAUGUGGGGGUGUGAGUUUCCGUUUUUGGGCAGGAUGGCCCUACACUUUGCAAUGUUGAAAGCAAUUGCCAUCCCAUCCAUCGCGCAAGCCGUUCUCGACACCCAAACAGAAACGCGCCGGAUUGAUGGCGAUUCCACCAAGAAGCAAGACGGGCGGUUACCUUCAACCACAUCACCCACUUACACGUCUUCGGAAGCACUCGCGCACACCAUCGAAUCCACCGACCUUCUCCCCGAAGAGCUGAUCGACCUUCCCGAGACCAACCCACCCGGCGAACUGGCGAUUAGGAAGGGGUCGUUGUUGAGUUCGGCGUACAGGCUGAGCAACGACGAGUACGUGUACAUUGUGUGCGUGAUGGUCGUCGAGCCGUGUCGCUUGGUAGAUCGGUGGGGGUAUCGGAAGUUCAGUAGGCGGGAGAUGGAUGCUCACUACGAAGUAUGGCACACUAUAGCAACGCGCAUGGGCAUCCACAACCUCCCCUCGUCCUUCGCCGCUAUGCAAGCUUUCACAACCUCCUUCGAAUCCCGCCACCGUCCUUCCCAAUCCUCCCCCUCUUCAACAUCCACCCCAACACCAACCCACACCCUCGCCGUCGCAGCAAUCGACCUCCUCAUCGCCACCCUCCCUCUCAAAUCCCUCCACCCCUACAUCCUCCCCCCCGCGCGCCGACUCGUGCACGCCCUCCUGGACCCGGACCUGAGGAAGGCGUUGGAUGUGGAGAAACCGCCCGUGGUGGUAACGUGGGUUGCGGAGGUGAUGCUGAGGGCGCAUAGGGGCUGUGUUAGGUAUUUGCUUUUGCCAAGGGCGGAGGCGAGGACGGGUGGGGAGGGUGCUACUGCCGAGAUUGGGGACGGUGAUGAUGGGGGUGUUGCGCGACACCUCGGGGAGAUACCGGGAAGUUAUGGACCCGCUGGCGUUAAGCAACAUGCUGGCGUUAAGCAACAUCGCAGUUCACGGGAUAUGCGACAACCAGGCUCCGGUCCCACACGACCACUGCGCCGCGCGUCUUCCCACAACUCCCCUGACGCCGGCGAGCACCCUAAUACCGCCCACGCCGCGUUCACCAACCCCCAUGAAUCGUUCAGUAUCCCACCCUCUGUCCUCGGCGUAUACCCACAUCCCUCUCACACGGCCCCUUCUUCCGGCGAGUCGUCACCCCGCCCCCUCCUCCGCCGCCGCGCAACCUGCGCCACCUUCGACGUGAAACGCGAAGAUCCGGCGCCUUCCUCAACGCCGGUAGGCAUCGCGUACACACACCACAGCUCCCUCCUCCCACGCGAACAAGACGCAAAAGUACGAAACCGUCGACACUCCAUCGUCCACAUGCCGAACCAUACCAUACCGGCAGAUGAUGAUGCGAGGGUUACGUUCCGGCGGUUUGGGAUGCAGGCUCCGUCGCAGAAAUCUGCGCACCAUCAACACCAUCAACCACAGGAACAACAGCAAACGAUGAAGAUUCAUGCGCCUAUACCGCAUCGGCCUAUUUCGCUACGGUUUGCGGAUGAGGAGGAUGUGAUGGGACAUGAGGAAGGGAGGGUUGCGCGUGCUGCCGAUUAUGGGGAGGGGGAGGGAGAGGAGUGGUGGAGGGAGAAAGUUCGGUGA